UGUUUCAACUUCCCUUUAUGUGACUAAACUUUGAACAGUUUUUAUAAGUUUAACUGGUGUUAUGCAGCUUGUGUUGUUGCUCGAUGGAAAUGAAAGCUUAUGAUGGACUUACAUAAUGUGUUUAUUCCUCUACUUCUGUCUUGCACCUCUGUGUUUACAGUACUUUAUGGACAGAAAGUUGUCACUGAUCCUAAGGUUACUGUGUACCAGGGUUAUGAUGUCACACUGUUAUGCCAAUAUAUCCAUGGAAGCACAAAAGACAACAUAACACAAAUGCAGUGGACAUGGCAGAAUCAGUCCAGUAAAUAUCAAAUCAUUGUCCUUUCCAUUGAUCAUGGCCUUUAUAUACAUGAGACACCUCUGAAAGACAGAGUCAGCUUGAGUAAGAGCUCUCCUUCGAUCGACGAGGCCUCCAUCAUCAUCAGAGAUGUGAAGAUAAGUGAUCAGGGAGUUUACAGCUGUGACUAUAUAACCUUUCCUUUCGGCAGUUAUACAGGACAAACCAGUCUGAUAGUGUUAGAAGACAGUCGUCCUGUUCUGUCCACCGCUGAGGCUGUAGGGAUUGUGACUGCUGUAGUGAUCACUCUGAUUAUUGCUGUUGUGGGGUAUUUAUUCCUGCGAAACAGACGGUAUGUGACCACAAAACAUUUAGUAAAUGCAUCAAAAUAA